CUUGCAUGAGAGGCAACCAACCAACCACAUCACAAACACAACACAACAACUCCGUGAAGUCUGAGAUGGAUUUCCGAUCCGUUUUCUGUUGCGCAUUGCUACUGGUGUCAGUAGUACUGCUUCCCGUUUCAGCUGAUGCUUCGAGCAAACUCUACAUUGUGUACAUGGGUCACAAGAAGCACGAUGAUCCAUCGGUGGUCACCGCAUCCCACCACGACGUACUGGCUUCUGUUCUUGGGAGUAAGGAUGAAGCUCAGAAAUCCAUGGUGUACACCUACAAGCAUGGAUUCUCCGGCUUUGCGGCGAUGCUCACGGAUUCCCAAGCCAGGACCAUUGCGGGUCUACCUGGAGUCAUCACUGUUAAGGCUAACACCCAUUACCAAACCCAUACAACUCGGAGCUGGGAUUUUCUUGGCCUUAAUCACGACCAAUCGUCGCCGUCAGACCUCCUCAAGAAAGCAAAGUACGGCGAAGACAUCAUAGUUGGAGUAAUCGACUCAGGCAUAUGGCCUGAAUCAAGAAGCUUCGACGACAGUGGCUACGGCCCACCGCCGGCGAGGUGGAGAGGUGUAUGCCAGACCGGCGCGGCGUUCAACGCCACGAGCUGCAACAGGAAGAUCAUCGGCGCCCGGUGGUACGCCGGCGGCGUGAGAGCCGAGGCGCUCGAGGGCGAGUUCAUGUCGCCCAGGGACCUCGGCGGCCACGGCACGCACGUCGCCUCGACGAUCGCCGGUGGCCAGGUGCGGAAGGCGAGCUACGGAGGGCUGGGCGCCGGCGUGGCGCGCGGCGGGGCGCCCCGCGCCCGGCUGGCCGUCUACAAGGCGUGCUGGGGCCCGGGCAGCUGCGGCGCCGCCGCCGUCCUCGCGGCCAUCGACGACGCCAUCCGCGACGGCGUGGACGUGCUGUCGCUGUCGCUGAGCUUCCGGGACCAGGAGAUCCCUGGGACGCUGCACGCCGUGGAGAGAGGGAUCACCGUCGUGUUCUCCGCCGGGAACGACGGCGCCGCCGCGCAGACGGUGUCGAACGCCGUGCCGUGGGUCCUGACGGUCGCCGCCAGCACCAUCGACCGCUCCUUCCCCACCGUGCUGUCGCUCGGGAACAACGAGAAACUGGUGGGUCAAUCGCUCAACUACAAUUCAACGGUGAACUCCGACAACUUCCACACGCUUAUUUCCGCACGCAGCUGCGACGAACGGGCGCUGUCAUCCGCCAACGUCACCGGCGCGGUGGUGCUGUGCUCGGCGCCGUGGCUGGCGUCCACCACGCCGGCGGGGCAAGGGCUCGUCGGCGCCGCGGCCCGCGUCGCCCAGGCGGGGGCCAGGGGCCUGAUCUUCGCGCACCAGAGCAGCAACGUCGUCGACAACACCGACCUCUGCCGGCGUUUGGCCAUGCCCUGCGUGCUCGUGGACUUCGAGGUCGCGCACAGGAUCGCAUCCUACGCCGACAGCGCCGAGACGCCGGCGGUGAGGAUCUCGAAGACCUUCAGCGUCGUCGGCAACGGGGUGGCGUCGCCGAGGGUCGCCGCGUUCUCGUCCAGAGGCCCCAGCGCGGCGUUCCCGGGCAUCAUCAAGCCUGACAUAGCUGCUCCGGGAGUCAGCAUCUUGGCAGCGGUGGGCGGGUCGUACGAGUUCAUGUCCGGGACGUCCAUGGCGUGCCCGCACGUCUCCGCCGUCGCCGCGCUGCUCAAGUCGGUUCACCCGGACUGGUCGCCGGCCAUGAUCAAGUCGGCCAUCGUCACCACAGCAUCCGUGGCCGACCGCUUCGGCAUGCCGAUCCAGGCGGAGGGGUCGCCGAGGAAGCUCGCCGACCCGUUCGACUUCGGCGGAGGCCAUAUCAACCCGGACAAGGCGGCCGACCCCGGCCUGGUCUACGACGUCGAUGCUGGGGAGUACACCAAGUUCUUCAACUGUACCCUUGGCCCCAAAGAUGACUGCGAGAGCUACAGUGGGAGGAUCUACCAGCUCAAUCUCCCAUCCAUCGCUGUGCCGGGCCUCAAGGACACGGUCACGGUGUCGCGGACGGUGACCAAUGUCGGGCCGGCAGACGCAACUUACCGAGCAGUGGUUGAAGCACCGGCAGGGGUGGACGUGUCGGUGGAGCCGCCGGUGAUCAAGUUCGGCGGAGGCGGCAGCAAGAGGGCGACGUUCCGGGUGACGUUCACGGCGAGGCAGAGGGUGCAGGGCGGCUACACGUUCGGGAGCCUGACAUGGCUAGGUGGUGGUAACCACUCAGUGAGGAUUCCGGUUGCGGUCCGGACUGUGAUCCAGGACUUCAUCGCGGAUUCAUCGUAGAAUGAUCCAAUGUUACUGUCAAUGCUGUGAGGUUAUUAUUGUGAAUAAAAUUUUUUCGUUACUUUUUA